AUGUAUUCACCUCGAUUUUCCCAGAAAUGGGAGAAGGCCCCCUCAGAGGAGGUGGCCUGCAAGGUGGGUGAGGCUGGCCUUUCACUGUCUGACAUAACUACUGAAAAAGAAGAGGUACAGAAAAGAAUCCUUCAUCUUCACAAUAAACUAAGAUCAAAAGUAUCACCACCUGCACAAGAUAUGCUUAAAAUGGAAUGGAAUCUUGAAAAUGCCCAGUCAUCUCAAAAGAUAGCAGACCAGUGUAAGAUGGUACCAGACGAAAGUGACGGGCAUCACAAAACCUAUGCUGAAAACCUGUUUAAGUCACCUAAGGCUGUACCUUGGGAAAAAGUUUUGGCUAAAUGGAUUGUUCCAAAAGUUUACUUCAAGUAUGGUUUGGGAUCCGUUGAACCAGGUGCCCCUAUUGAGACUUACCUCAAGAUGGUCUGGUACAGCACUCAUGAAAUUGGAUGUGCCGUUGCUCACUGCCCAGGUGAUGAAUACCUUUAUGUCUGCCAUUAUUCCCCAAUAGGCUUUAAACCCAAGUCAAUGUUUACACCUUAUGAGAAAGGCCCGCGUUGUGGUCGUUGCCUGGAUCAUUGCAACAAUGGUUUAUGUCCUAACCGUUGCGACUAUUAUGAUGUACGUCAAGACUGCAGAACCUUAGGAGAUAUAUGUGAUGAUGGCCUACAAUAUGUGUGUAAAGCUACGUGCUACUGUAGAAAUGAAAUAGCAUAA